AUGCUUCAGGUCACAACCUUAAUAAACGAUUCAGAAAAACUUGAAAAGCAACUUCUAAAGAAUCCCCCUCCCUCCCAAGAAGAUGUAGAUACAGCUAGGGCUACUAUCAAGGAAAAAGGUGAAAUAAUUGCUAAAUUGAAGUCUGAUAAAGCUGGUAAACCUGAAAUAACAGUUGCAGUUGCUGAACUUACUAAAGCCAAAGAGAAUCUUUCAAAGGUUGAAGAGAGAUUCAAACAGAAACCUCGUAUUCCAAGGAAAGAUGGCAAGGUUGAGACAUUUGCUUGUCACAAAAGUAUUUACACUUUUGGCCCAACUUUCCGUGCUGAACAUUCUCAUACAACUAGACAUCUUGCUGAAUUCUGGAUGGUUGAACCCGAAAUAGCAUUUGUUGAUAUUCAGGAUGAUAUGAAGUGUGCAGAAGCAUAUGUUAGGUUUAUGUGCCAAUGA